GUAUUUCACCCUCUCAUACAUCAAUCGUGCAGGAGGUGAAACACGGUCGUGUUACGGUUUGUUUUGAUUUUGCAGCUGUCAGAUUUCAACAAGAAAAACAUACACACACUCACACACACACACGAACGCGCCUGUGCACACAUCAACGAAAGCGAACAUCGCGGAACGACGCAGGCGGAAGCAGUUUUUCGUACCAUUUUGCUUACCUUCGGUCCACUACCCUCCCGACUGGCCAAGGAUCUGGCCUGGUAGGGAAAAUUGCACGGAACGUGCGUGAACGCGACAAUCAAGCUCCAAGUUCAGCAUCCCGAGCUACAGAAGCAAACUCCCAUCGGUCACACCUGCACCAUGACACCUCCUGCUGGUCGUGCGGUGGUGCAGCGGAAGGUGAAAGUGUAAGUGGCCGGAAAAUUGUUUGUUGCGAAAAGUAAGGCGGUGUGGCAACUGCGUUCAGUAACACCCGCUACCGUGCCGUAACGUGACCGUGGUUGCUAGAGGCAAAAAUAAGUUUUCCCUGUCGGUUCGGGCGACCUUCGUCAUUCGACCACCCACGCAAGUGAACGGAAGGAAAGAAGAAAAAAAAAAAACAAAAUCCAACCGGAACGCGGAAAAAAGUGUUGCGGAAAAGCGAGCAAACAACCAGGGAAUGAUAAUGACGGUGACGGUGUUGAUGAUGGGAUGAAAACUGUCUCUGCCCUCCGCACCGUGAACGUGAACGAGGUGUCGGGACGCUGCGGAAAACUCGAAAUCGCAAAUACACACACACGAUGAGCUAGAGAAAGAGGGAGAGGGAGAGAGAUAGAGCGGAAGGGAGGUCUAUUUUGCACCACCCAGCAUCGUCGUUUGUUUUGAGGCCCUGUUUUACAUAGAAGGCCAGGAAAAGCUGGUGAGAUUUACAUACGGAAGUACACCUCCCCAACCCAUCCACCCCAAACCGGCCCGAAGCGAAAACAUCCAUCCGAGAUCGAUGACUGCGUUAAAAAACGGUGUUGGCGCAUCCGCAAACGAUCAAAAGGCUCGAUUUUUCUUCGUAAUUAUGCGGCUGAAUUUAAAGUUCCUGCUGAUAAGCCUGUGCGUGACGGUUGCACUGAUCACGUUCGCGCUGUGGGCCAACUGUGGCGUCGGGCAUGGCUUUGUGCCAAAGUGGCCCCAGCAUCAUGGCGACAGUGCAGACAGUCCGUUCGAGCAGACGGAGGAAAUCGACUGCAUCAUCAACCAGGAGUACGCGAUCGGUUGCCGGAAGGAGGGCGAAGAGGUGUACCUGCCCUUUUCCUUUCUGCAGAAGUACUUUGACGUGUACGGGUCGCUGAACGUGGUGGACGGCAGCCGGCGGUUCGACUGGACGCACAGCUACGGGAAGGUCAACUACCCGAAGGGUGCGUACGAUCCGCGCGGCAUCUUUAUGUACUUCGAAAACUACAACGUGGAGAUGCGCGAUCGCGUCAAGUGCAUCAGUGCGAUCGACGGCGUGCCGAUCUCGACGCAGUGGGAAAGCCAGGGCUACUUUUACGCGACCCAGAUCGCACAGUUCGGGCUGUCGCAUUAUAGCAAAAACCUGACCGAGCCGGAACCGCGCCGCAAGACGGUGGAGGACGGUGAGCGCGAGACGGCGACGUGGAUUGUGCCGAAGGGCAGCUCGAUGAACCGGACGAUCGAUCGGGCGCGGGCGGGGGCCGGUGCAGUGUUGAGCUUUUCCACCGGCAAAUCGUUCGAUACGGCGGUCGUGCUGCCGAUGGACCACGUGCUCGAUCUGGUGCUGAGCGUGGACGUGCUGCUGAAGCCAAACUCGACGCUGUGCGUCACGCUGCAGAACCGGGAAACGCAGAAGCUGUACCACGUGUACUACAUACUGGCGGAUCUGCUGAUCGGGGUGCAGGACGAGAACAUUUACUACGGCAUCGGGCUGAACUGUACCGGCGGGUGGAAGCAUUUGACGCGCGAUCUGUUCGUGGACCUGCAGAAGGGGCUGCCACAGUACGCGAGCACGGACAAGCGGCGGAAGAUGCGACGGACGGAGCUGAAGGUGGUGGAGAUAUCGCUGCUGGGCAAUGGGAGCAUUGACAAUUUGACGCUGUCGACGAGUGAGCAUAUUAGCCAUUUUUAUGACGCGGCAGAGUGGUUGAUUCGGCACCAGGACCCGAGCACGGGCGGGUGGCCGAUCCCGGUGCGGCGGAAGCUGGGCUCUGGGUUUGGCGAGCUGGCCCGGGGGUGGUACUCGGCGAUGGCCCAGGGUCAUGCGAUAUCGCUGCUGGCCCGGGCGUACUACCAUUCGAAGGGCGAUAAGCGGUACCUGCGGGCGGCACUGGAUGGGCUGAAGCUGUUCCGGAUACCGUCGUACCAGGGCGGCGUGCUGGCGACCUUCCUGGGGAAGUACGCGUGGUACGAGGAGUACCCGACGACGCCGCACUCGUUCGUGCUGAACGGGUUCAUCUACUCGCUGCUCGGGCUGUACGAUCUGAACUCGACCGCACCGGCGAACCAAUCGAACGAGGCGGCGGUACUGUUCGAGCAGGGUAUGGCCAGCCUGAAGAAGAUGCUGCUACUGUACGAUACCGGUUCGGGGACGAGCUACGACUUGCGACACUUUACCCUUGGCAUUGCACCGAACCUAGCCCGCUGGGACUACCAUGCGACGCACGUCAAUCAGCUGCUCCUGCUGGCCACGAUCGAUCCGGACCCGCUGAUCUCGCAAACGGCGGAACGGUGGAAAAACUACAUGGUAGGCAAGCGUGCACCACACAACUAGGCCGGCGGCCGCCGGAGCCAACGGUAGACCUGCAAAAUCUUCUCCACUUCCAUUUUAAAUGCCUUACACCACGGACACACACACACACAAAUUAUCUCAUUACAUCUGUACACUACAGCGGGCGGGGUGGCGGCGUCAACCGUAUCGAUCUUGCUGGGAGCGAGGGCAAACCAUAAAUUGAUUAUGGAAGAGUAAAAAAUCCACAAAACAGACACAGCCCUGGAGAACCCCGUGGAGAGAGAGAGAGAUAAGGGAAUGGUGCACCACCCAGCACCGGUGGUAAUAUUCUGCGAAGGCUUUCGUGAUAUGAUAAUAUGGUACCUUUUAGAGAAUGUAGCGGGAAUUGUACAUAUGAGCGAGAGAGAGAGUAAGAAGCCUGUCCCUUCCCGGUGGAACGCGUAGCGUUCGGAGCUGCCGAGCACAGGGAACGCGCAUAUCCGCACAUGUCCCGGAUGCGCUCUGGUUUUGUAUAUUCAUAGAAGAAGAAAAAAAACACAAACACAUUUGGUAGGUGCUUUCAACCCCCUUUUUGUACUGUAAUCUGUAAUCUACUAAUAUGCUCAUGCGCUCACUUGCAGUAAUAAUCAGUAGCAGUAGUAGUAUUAUACCACACUCUUAUCAUAAAAAAACACAUGUGGGGGGGGGAUGUGUAGUAGGGUUUUGAGUAGCGAGAGCGAAAAUUAUAAAAUUUGUAAAGAAGGUUGUAACAUGAAUGGAAUUCCAAAUCCAAAUAUCAUCCUAGCCGUUAAGUGGAAACCCUGUUAACCCUGAUAGGAAACUAGGGACGAGAUAGCCUGUCUGUCUUCGAAAGCGAAAAACCUACUCCUUGCCAUUGUUUUGUUGCCUGCUGCCCUCACUAGAAAGAGGGCUGUACCUUUGUUGAUAUACGUAUAAAAAAUAGGUUAAAUAUAGGUACUGGAGCAUUAGCAACUGUUGCCCUUCUUGUUUGCGUGUGUGGGUGAUAAUAGCGCACCGGCUUCGUUCACAAUCUUCCACAUCAUCACAGUUAAAGCGCAGUUGUGGAUCCUCUGGAUCAAUUGCACGCUGAGGGAUCACACCUUUGCAUCACCGAUCUUGUGACGGCACAGCGCAUGUGGAUGGCUAGUUUAUAGAUGAGAGGGCUGGUGCUGUGCCAGCACUACGUGUCACAGCAACAUACCAAUCAAAUGUAUUUAGAGAGCUUACACUGGAAACACAGUAAAUAGGAGUAUAAGUAAGAAACGAUCGGGACGGUUCGAAAGAACGAUCGGUGCGCACAUUUAUUCACAAGCUUUACGAUAGUGAUGUGAGUGAGUGUAAGAGAUUUGUUGCCUGUUUUGCCUAGAAAAAAGGUUAACUUAUGUACUUUGCUUUAAUUUCUUUAUGGGUGCAUCUUAUCGUUUCGAUAAGAGUUAUAUCUGUUUUUUUUUCAAAUGAGUAUUUCAAAAAUGUUUGUGUAUAAGCUUAGUUUAGCUGAUGUUUAGGUUAGCAAUUAAUUUUAUUUAUAAAUAUUGUGUGGAAUGCUUUAAAAGAAUGGCUCGAACAGGAAAGCUCAAUAUUAGGUCAUCGAAACUAGGUGUUAUUUAUAUUUUCUAGAAUGCGUUACAUGAAGACAGGCUCACGAGCAGACGCAAAGAGAAGCAACAACACGUAACAUAACAGUUUUAUACUGCAAUCAUCUUUGAACCAAUGCUAGUUCCCAUUUCUAAAACGUAGCUUAUCAGGUGCGAAAGACCACAAAAAAUAGGAAGAGCAAAAAAAAGACAAACUAAUCACUAAACCCCUAUUUCUAACUGUUGCGGUGCCGAUUCCGUGUUAGUGCGGCCCCUUUAGAAAGACUCAUUUUAUACGAUUGCUUACCGUACGUAAGACUGCAUUCUGAAUGCGGACGAUUUGGAUUGCCGUGAUGGGAUUAUCGAUUUCGAUUUCAAUUGCACCUUCUACCAGCGGAGUAAAGUGUAGCGGGAUAGCCGUUUUGUAAAGAAAAAUAAACAACAAGUGUUAACGUUUCAGUCCCCAAAAAGACAACACACAUUGAUCCAUUCCAGCGUAAAAUGGCACUGCAAUCACUUGAACUCUUCUCUUCCAGUUUGACUGCGAGAUUUCGGGUGCACGGAAGUGUAGCGUAGGAUAGGCUAGUGUAGUGCAGUUCCCGGCUCACGUAGUGAUCGUUUAUUAACCGUGUGUAGUGAAUGUGUGAACAAGCUGGGGUAGCGUUGGGUAUAGUAAACCGGGAAGUAAUCUGCACGAACGCAUCGCGAUAAAUGGUAGUGAUAAGCUAGUAGUCUUGCAACACAAUAUCUUCACUGGCUGUUAGAGGGAAACUGUUUUGUAAUGAAGAGGACAAGCGAACAGAGCGAGGAAGGAAGCGUAAAACAUAUAUAGAAAAAAAACACUCUCGACAAUAAAAAAGGAAGGAUAGGCAAAACUGGCACAGAAGGGGCCCCGUGGUUCAGGUGGUCCGAAAGCUGUAGCUUAAGCUGCAUAUGUGGCAAACAUAGUUGAAAUGGGCAAACAGCGGAACGAUAGAAUAGGGCAAUUUCUUUUGAUUUUGAAAGGCUCAUGGUCGAUAUAGCUAAUCAACCAACCAACAAUCCGGUAACGUUCCUCUGACCAGCGUUUAGUGUUUAAAGUCUCUCUAACCUUUCGCACGUUUACACCUACUGUAUGAGAGGACAGUUGUUCAUACUGAUCCCGUUUAUAAACCCAAAGUCGAAAGCUCCACAAAUUUCGAUAGUUAGUGAAAAGUCUCGCCACGUGGCCGAGGCAUGUCGACACGGUAUCAAAGCAUAUCGAGCACAUCACUUUAGACUCUCUCUCUAUAUAUAUUUCUCUGCAUUAACACACGCCCCUGUCGAACUUAACUACUGUUGCAACCACUUUGCAAAUAGAAGCAAAACAAUGCAAACAUAAACCGUGUACAAAUUUGUAGCUAAAGUUAAAGCAAAACAUCUAAAUAGAAAAAAAAGGUAGCAAGAAGCGUACGUAAAGCAAGUAAAAAAGCAUAAAAAACGAAGUAAAACAAACGAUUAGUAAACACAGUAAAAAAUACAACGGACUCAGAAGAUUGGUAAAUUACUCGAAAACAAAUCAAACCAUCACGAUGAGAGUAUCAUAUCGAGCGAAAAAGGGUAGACAGAUGGUUUUGGUUUGCAAACCUUUUUUUAAAAGCACAAAACUAGUGUAUACACUCAGAGAGAGACACACACACACAUUGGAACAUGAACAUAUAGCUACUGUCGAAUUAGGGGGAGGGAAGAAAUGAUUAACUAUCGUGUGUUGUUUUGUUUGAUCUUCACGCUUAGAAACAACCCUUGCCAAAGUGUGUAUUAUGUUUUUGUAAAGCUUCUACAACACCUUUACUAAGAACCGUUUCUGUUUCGUUUUCUACGUAACCGCAGUAGUAUUUUUCUCCUUCAAAAGGAAUGGUGUCGUUUGCUGUCUAAUAAGUAAACAAUUACGCCAAUCAGAUAGUAAAUCAACUCUUGUUCUGAUUUUAGCAAAACACACAAUUAACACGAUAAAGCAUACAAGCAAACCCAUUAUCGGUUAACCGUCAAUAAUAUAGUACCAUAUCAUAUAUAGGCAACCAGUAAUAAGGUAUGAUGCAAGCAAUGAAGAGUAAUGUAACGACUCGAAGUAGUUGGAACACAGACACAUAUAAGCGCAUUUAUUAAUAUCUUUGCAAAUUGAUAGAGUGUACCGAAACGUGUUGUGUAGAGCGCG